UAUCCGAUUAAUCGUCAGAGUAGUUGAUUACUGAAAUAACCGUUGCAGCCCCACUAAGCCUGACCUUUGGACUUUAUUAGUGAAACAUUUUGUUUUUGGGUUCUAAAAAUGAACUCGCCCCGUGUUUCUAGUAAAAGAGACCCAAAAGGUGCUGAUUAGAACUCCGUUACCAGAUUAAAGCCGGUCUGGGUUUCAUAAAUAUCACCUAUAAAGACGGAUGAAGGGUUCUGGUCUCCAGAAUUACAGAGCAGCCUGCGGUUCUGGAUCAGAUCAGAGUCCUGCGGCCCGGGGCGGUGGGUUCUGGUGGCUCCAGGGUUCCCGGUACCGCCCUCUCUGGGUUCGGGUUUCAGGCCGCCCUCGCUGCGGAGGAACCGCAUGUUCUGUCCGGGUUCGGACGGCGGUGGCGCGUUUCCGGGAGGAAACAACAAAAACAAACCAGUUCCUUUGUUUGAACCCGGAGCGGCACGCGACUCUCACCGGUACCAACAACCGACCAAUCAGAGGCGGCGCGAGGAGAGACUACCGGAGCGCGCGCGCUCAGCGGGCAGAGAGGAGAGUCCCGGAGGAGGAAUGGAGCUGGUUUCUAACUGGUUUUAAUGGUUAAACUGGGUAGGCUACAGAGCAGGAGGGUUCGUCUGACCGGCUAGAGCUUCACAGCAUGUCAGGAAACUGGAUUGUACCCGGAUGAACACUGGGAGCACUGGGAGCACUGGGACUGGAAAACCUCCCUGUUCUGUAACCUCAGGAAGGAGGAUGCUGGUUCUGGUUCUCCUGUCCGGGUUCUGGAUGUUGAUCCAGGGACAGAGUCUGGACCAUGACAGCUGGACCGACCAGGCGGUGCUGUCCGACGGCCUCUGUCACUAUGGCAACGGCGUGGAGUGCUGCUGGGGCUGGAGGCGGACGGGGCGGGGCCGGUGUCAACCUGAUUGUCAGCAGGGCUGCAAACAUGGAGACUGCGUUGGACCAGACAGCUGCAAAUGUCACCCAGGAUACACCGGAAAAGCCUGUAACCAAGACCUGAACGAGUGCGGAGUGAAGCCGCGGCCCUGUAAGCACCGCUGCAUGAACACGGCCGGCAGCUUCAAGUGCUUCUGCCUGGACGGCUUCGCCCUGCAGCCAGAUGGCAGCUGCAGGAAUGUGCGGACCUGUUUCCAUGCCAACUGCCAGUAUGGCUGUGAGGUGAUGAAGGGCGAGGUGCGGUGCACCUGUCCGUCUCCAGGGUUACGGCUGGGCCCGGACCGCCGCUCCUGUGUGGACAUCGAUGAGUGCGCGCUGGGCGCCGCCUGUCCGCGCCGCAGGAAGUGCGUCAACACGUUCGGGAGCUUCUUCUGUAAAUGCCACCUGGGCUUCAAGCUGAUGUUCAUCGACGGGCGCUACGCCUGCAUCGAUAAAGACACUCGGCCGUUCUGCUCCCUGAAUCCUUCCUCUCCAAAGUGUCGGUGUAAAGAUGGCAGCUGCAAAGGGAUCCUCAGAGUGACUUUAGAGCCACACAGACCCAGAACUACAACUCCCACCACCACCACUGUUCCUACCACUGUUCCCACCACCACCACUGUUCCCACCCCCGUUCCCACCACCACUGUUCCCACCACCACCACUGUUCCCACCACUGUUCCCACUACAACCACUGUUCCCACCACCACCACUGUUCCCACCACUGUUCCCACUACAACCACUGUUCCCACCACUGUUCCCACCACCACUGUUCCCACCACCACUGUUCCCACCACCACCACUGUUCCCACCUCCACCUCUGCUUCUACCACCGUCUCCUCUACCGCUUACCAAACUACUGCUGCCUUGACAACCACUGUCAUAGCAACCACCUCAAUGGCUACCUCUACUGUUGCUAUGACAACCAGAUCCCCAAUCACACAGCCUGCAACGACUGUCCCAACAACUCCGCCCACCGUGCCAGCUACCGCCGCUCCGACCACACCCACACCUCUUCCUGCUACCGCCGCUACGACUGCUGCUGAGCCUACGGUUGCUAUAGCAACGACGACGCUGCCCUCCAGCACCGGCGCCGUGGUGACGACAACGCUGAACAACCGGAUCAACAAGGACGUGACGCAGAGACAGAGAGGAGACGUUCACAUUCCUCGGCAGCCUGGACAGAACCACGUCUGGGAGUUUGACAUCGAGCUGGGGAACACGGCCCAGGACGCUCAGGACGACCCCGCGGCCGGUGAUCUGCGCUGCAGCUUCAGUCGUGGCGUCUGCAGCUGGAUCUCUGAGCGAGACGGAGAUCUGUCCUGGGAAUCUGUGGACGCUCCUGCAGGUGGGCGGUACCUGUCGGUCCCGGAGCUGAAGGAGGGCCAGCGCAGCGUCCGAGGCGCCCGAUUGGCCGUCCAGAUUCUCCCUCCGUGGAACCGUGGCGACGCCUGCUUCUCCUUCUCCCAUUGGCUGACGGGGCGUCAGGUGGGAGUCCUGCAGCUAUUCGUCCGCAAGAAAGGACGGGACCAAAGGUAUGGCUCCGCCCUCUGGAGCCGGACAGGUGGGCAGGGGUGGAGGCAGACACAGGUUACCUUGGAGACGCAGUCAGUGGACAAAGUGCUGCUGAAGGCCGAGCGAAGACCCGGACGACGAGGCCAGAUUGCGGUUGAUGAUGUCACACUGAGACGAGGGGCGUGCCGAUGACAUCAUCAGUGGGAUCUCAUUUAAAGGGCCGGUCUGCUGUUUUCUAAUUGGAUAGAAACUUUUCCAUCUCUGGCUGCAGAUCUCGAUGCUCAGAUCAGAUUUAUUUAUUUAUUGUUUGGUCGUUUGCAUUACUUUUAAAAUGUCGCCUCCUGCUGACCUCAGAGUCACCUGAGGUCAGCAGGAAGCGGUGAGGAGGAAGAGCCAGCGGUCGGUGAGGUCGAGGCGUUUUCUUACCCCUCAGGUGUUGAAGCCGUUUACAGGUGGAGGGAAAAACUCCGACAGAACAGAAACGGCUUUAACGCUUCUUCCACCUUCACUGCCUCUGCUGUUUCCACGGUGAUUUUAAGUCCCGCCCUGUUUUGGUUCUGGUUCCUGUUUGGAUGAAAUAUGAUGAGUUACUGUGACUGAGCUCCCAUUGAUACAUUUUAUUUAUUUAAACCACAUUUCCAAACAGAUCAGAUUAAUAACAUAGAAACAGAAGUGAAAUCUGCUGAUAAUCCCUGUAAAUUCAUUAUUACAGAUUAUUGAUGUUGACAGUUUUCAGACCAAAUAGUUAAACAUUGUUAAAUAAUCUGUUUUAAAUAAUGUUUAUUCAUAACAUUGUACUGUAAUAUCCAAUGUUUAUGUAUAUAAAACUGUGAAAUAAUAAACCUGUUUCUCUUUUUAAUUAGCUCUUCUCUCAAAGUGAGUAUAAUUAUGUGAAUCUGAGCAAAUCUGGUGCUUUAUAUUCAUAUUUUACCUCAAAUUUAUGUGUUUUAUAUAAUAGGAACUAAAAUAACCAGUGUUUACUAAUUAAAUUAGUAAAUGUAAUACAAAUGCAAACAUUUUUAUAAUUUCUAAUAAACAAAUUGAUGCAAAACUUA